UGUUUGUAGUGGAUUGGCACGACGAUGCAGACAGGAAAGAGGAGACGUUGGCUAUCAUUGCAGACCUGCUGGGGUUCAGCUGGACAGAGCUGGCGAGGGAGCUGGAGUUCAACGAGGAUGAGAUCCAGGAAGUGAGGAUGGAGAACCCUAACUCCUUACAGGAGCAGAGCCACGCCUUGCUGCAGCGCUGGGCUGAGAGAGAGGGAAAACACGCCACCGCAGAGGACAGCCUGAUAAAGAGGCUGACCAAGAUCAACCGGAUGGACAUCGUCCACCUGAUAGAGACCCAGAUGAACAAGUCAGCUCAGGAGCAGACGUCCAGGACCUACGCAGAGAUAGAGAAGACUCUGGAGCAGAGUGAAGGUACUGGACCA